UCCUUCCUUCCUUUCUUCCUGCCCUCCCCUCUAAUUAGCCCUCCUCUCGGAACUGUGCCGGGGUGGUAUUGGGCCAAAGAACGGGAUACAUGUAUUCCGACCCAGGCAAGGCAAAAGGUUUGGGGCGCGCGGUGGAAGAUCUUCAUGGACGCCCGCGGACACCCGCGACAUGCUCGAUAUAUGGCUUAGCUUCGUCGUUUUUUUCCCUUCCUUUGCCUUACGUAGGGCAGAUCCUUUUCCUGCCGUUGUAUGUGUGGGUGCGUGUGCGCGCGCGGGCAUGUUCUCUAUAUUUGGCGGUAUUCCCGGUUGAUGGAGGACUGGCCGCUUUGAUGGCACGUUGUGAGUUGUUCAUAUGGAUACUGCCGCUGGUGACUGGGUACUUGAUGAUUAGGAUUUUGGGAAGAGAGGCAAAAGGGGUUUGCUUGUUACGGUAACAACGUAAUCAAACAGGAAGGUUGUCAAUUUGAGUUUCGGGGGUUGGGGAGGGUGGCGGAUGGGAGACCGCCUCCCCAACAUGAGCCGGUGAGACGUCUCCGGGUUUCGGUGGUGUGGCCGGGCCGGAAGGCAGCUGUUUGGUUCCGAGGUUACGGGUUCGGGGGACGGCUAUGUUGACGUCUGUU